CAGCUCCGGGUACGUCGCCUAUACGCGCAGUUGCACGCUGGUGCGUGGUGACGUUGUGGCGGCGCGGGCGCCAUCCCGGAAGCGCGAGCAAGGCCGCCAGAUGUGCAGGCAGCGGAGGAGGAGGAAGAGAUGGACCCCCCGGACUCGGCCUCGAGGGUCUUCUGCAGCCGCAUCCUGAGCAUGGUGAAUACGGACGAUGUCAAUGCGAUCAUCUUGGCACAGAAGAACAUGCUUGACCGCUUUGAGAAGACCAAUGAGAUGCUGUUGAAUUUCAACAACCUGUCAAGUGCCCGCCUGCAGCAAAUGAGUGAGCGCUUCCUGCACCACACAAGGACCCUGGUGGAGAUGAAGCGGGACCUGGACAGCAUCUUCCGCAGGAUCAGGACGCUGAAAGGGAAGCUGGCCAGGCAGCACCCGGAGGCCUUCAGCCACAUCCCAGAGGCCCCCCUCCUGGAGGACGAGGAUGAAGAUCCCAUCCCGCCCAGCACCACGACCACCAUUGCCACCUCAGAACAGAGCACGGGCUCGUGUGACACCAGCCCUGACACCGUCUCACCCUCCCUCAGUCCUGGCUUCGAGGACCUCUCCCAUGUCCGGUCCAGCUCUCCUGCCAUCAACGGCCGUAGCCAGACGGACGAUGAGGAGACACCGGGGGAGUAACCCUACUCCCUGGUCCCCCGAGGGGUCUCAGGGCAGUGGCAGCUCUCCCCAGGUGUCUGAGGUGGCAGCAGGUAACCCUGCCCGGAGGUCAACAGCUUUGCCACCCUAUUGUGUCACCCGGGGCUCCUGGGGUACAAGGCUUCCUCCAGGGGUGUGGAGUUCCUGGGGGAUCUGUCAUUCCCAAUUCCCCCUCACUGAGAACAUCUGUCCUCCCCAGACCCUCUGCCAGGCCAGGGGAUGAGCAGCUCAGCUGGAGUUGUUGGGCUGGGCAUCGGGGCGCUUUUCCAGAGCCAGGCUUGAGGUCUGCUCUAAACAACGUUUAAAGGCUCCCAGAGACCAGAACCAGAAGGCCCCUGCCCCAUGCCCUGGUCGAGACCUCCUCAGAGUGAAUUGGCACUUUCGUGUCUGAGUUCACCCGUCCUAUCCCUGCACCUACUAAUUCUGGUCUCCUUGCCCCUUCCACCAACAAAAGUAUUGAAUGCUGUCUCCAGUUGGUAUCUCAAGGAGGCUUCUGAGACAGCUGUAGAAGGAAGGCUCAAGAUGGAGGCGGGCCAUUCAGCUGCAAGCCGGAUGAGUUUGGGGUUUUUCUGACCAGAGGUGUGAACCCUCAGGGCCCCGCAGGCCUCUCCCAGGAUGUCCGUGGAGCAAGCUGAGCCACCUUGGAAAACAGAGUUAAACGGAAUAUUUUUGUACCCGAUGUUUACAGAUGCUGUUGGGAAGUUAUCAAUAAAAAGACUCUGUUACUAAAAAGGGAAGGGUGUCCCUACCAGUGGCUUCCUUCCAUCCUUGGGCUCAGGAUGCCGUAAGGGGGAUGAGUGCAGGAUGCAAGACGGGAGGGGUGCGGACGGCCAGGCACCACUAAGAGAUGUGUCUGCUCUUGGUGGCAGUCCCCAGUGGUAGCAACUUUAAUAACCCAAGUUCCUCUCACUACUCAUGUACUCACACCUGCUGGGCCCUUCUCUCUGAGUAACUCCUCCAGGUCUGUCUCAGGAUGGACUCCUCAGGGGGCCAGGCUGGGUCCCCUUCCCCAUUAGACACUGUGUAGAGUUCACUCAUCUUUUAAGCACUUAGAAAUUGUUAUUAAAGACAUCUUCCUAGAUCCAA